GCAAAUUAAACAAUAUGGCGCCACAGCAGCUAUGAGAAAUUGGUUUGAGCAUUGGUAAUGCUGUUGUAAACCGUCAUUAUGGCUAUGACUCCCGCCAAAUUGGACCAGCAAACUAUUCAGGACAUCAGGAAUUUACUAUGGGGGCCGGGAUUGAAAGACGAAAUAUUUACAAGAUGGACACAAGGAUUUACAUUCAGUGAAGAUGAGCCAACAGCCUUAGUACAACAUGAAGGAGGUCCAUGUGCAAUCAUUGCCCCAGUGCAGGCCUAUGUACUGAAGGCAGCACUUUUCAAAGAUAAUCCACAUGAGGAUAUAUCUGCAGUCACAGAGGAGGAAGCAAAGGAAUUAUUGUGUGCAGCUCUCACACAAAUCCUUAUAGAUGUCACUUCUGGUACGUACAAAGUUGUCUCCCUUGAUAACUCUUCCUCGGAACAAAACACAUCCAAUACUCAGGAAGCGUCAACAUCUGAUGCAGCAGCAACUGAAGAGGAGGAUGGGGAAAGGAGUCCAAAGCGUCCACGAUUGGAUGAGGACCUUUUCCAUUCACGACUCAGAUGUACCGAGUGUGAAGAUGAAGAAGCUCUCAGGACAUGUUUAAAAUCGUGCAUUCCAGAUUUUACAAAUGAAUUUGGUGUUUUAUUACAUUUAUAUUCUGUAGUAUUAACUAAGGGAAUAGAACAAAUCAAAAAUGAGGUUGAAGAUCCGGGGGAGUCUUUAAUAGAUUGUAUACAUGGACAUGGAAGCCAGAGUCUGAUUAACCUGUUCCUGAGUGGCAAAGCUGUGACAAAUGUUUGGGAUAAUGACAAAGAAGUCUGUGGUCUCAAGCUUCAUGGAAUACAUCGACAGGCCACGAUAGGAUUUCUAACACUACUAGAACACAUGCGAUACUGUGAGGUUGGAUGGUACCUCAAGAAUCCACGUUAUCCAAUAUGGCUACUUGGAAGUGAGACUCACCUUACCGUGUUGUUUUCUAAGGAGGAGAAUCUAGUUGUGAGAGAAUCCCCCCAUCUCAAUGCUAAACAGAUAUUCCAGUCAUUUGAUCCUGAAGGAAAUGGCUUUAUAUCUACGAUUCAGCUGGCAGAUCUAAUGAGUGCCUUAAAUUUGGUGUCGGAGAAAGAAUAUGUCGACAUUAUGACCACUAAGCUGGAUGCUGAGAGUCUGGGUAUUAUCACCAUGCACUGCUUCAUGGAAGAGUUCUAUCCAGGGGAGAGCACUAGCGAUACUCCGCGAUCCUUUACACUGUAUCACUAUAAUGGACUCGCCAGAUCAUGUAUAGAUAAUAAGGUGCAUUACCAAAGUGGCAAAGCUACAAUUCCAGAAGAGCUUGAUGUCCAGAUUAUCACAGAUGUGUCAACAAUGAAAAUGUGCUUGGAAACAAAAUGGCCGACAAUUGAAGUGACUUGGAACUCUAAUCACAUACCGUCACUUAACUAGAGUUUGCUAUGGUGCUUAAUCUCUACCGGUUACUUUGGUAAAUGUCAUUUACUCUUGAAGUUGGCUCUCUGUUAUAGCACGACAGUGUUCUCUAGAGAUAUCCCACAGUGGGGGAGGAUGAUUUAUACAGUGUUGUAGUGGAAGGGCUUUAUGUCAUUUUGC